AUGAAUGUGGGUCCAGUGACAAACGAAGAUUUAUCUAUAAGUCCUAAUCCAGAUAAUAUUCAACAACAACAACAUUAUCGUCUUCAAUUACUUGCUCAGGCUAUUGAAAAAGUUGAAAACGAAAGUUUACAAAAAUCUCUUGCUGUUUCAUCACCAUCAUUUACUUCCAAAAAACAACAACAAACAAUUCCAAUCGAUUCUCUUUCCAUGACAUCUUCACAACAACAAGAUUUAUUAAUGAAAUUACUUACUCAACAGAAUGUUGCAGCAGUUAUGGCUGCAGCAGCUGCUGCUCAACUUCAAGUUCAACAACAACAACAACAAAAACUUGAACCUAUAUCACCACCAUCAACAUCAUCAGCAUCAUCAACAUCGGAAAGUCCAAUAGAUUUUUCUUCACGUCGUUCAACUGAUGAAAAUAAUGAUUGUUCAACUCCAUCUUCACCAUUGCCAAGUCAACACCAACUUCUUUCAACAAUGUUACAAAAUCUUCAAUCAUCAUCACCAACAUCAACAUUUCCAUUUUUAUUAACAAAUAAAAAUGGUAAACCAACACGACCAUUUAAAGCAUAUCCACGUGAACCAUUAAUGUUACCACUUGGUUUUUGUCCAACAGCAACAACAACAGAGCAAACAAAUAUUCUAGCUGAAGCAGCAAGUCGUACAACAUCAAAUCGUAAACGACUUGCUCAAACACAAGAACGUCUUAAACAACGUUUACAACAACAACAACAGCAACAACAACAACAACAACAACAACAACAAUCAUAUUUUAUUUCAUCAUCUGGUACACAAAUAUUACAACCACCAAAAAAACGACAUCGAACUAUGGAAACUACAUCAGCUAGUGAUGAUAAUACAACAACUGAAAAUAACAAUAAUAAUAAUUCUUCAACUAUAUCAACUAAUAAUGAUGAUCCAAAUAAUGGAAUUAAAGAUGAUGCUUAUUGGGAACGAAGAAGAAAGAAUAAUGAAGCUGCUAAACGUAGUCGAGAUGCACGACGAGCUAAAGAAGAUGAAAUUGCUAUACGAGCGGCUAUUCUCGAACAAGAAAAUAUUAAAUUACGUCUUGAAGUAUCUCAAUUAAAACAAGAAACAGCUAAAUUACGAUGUAUGGUUUAUGCCACAUCAUAG